AGGAAGGACUGCAGCCUUACAGCAACAGAGUUUAGACUGUCUUUGCUUCAUCAUCUGAAGGCGAACCCUUUCCAGCGACGGGCAGAGGGCUCCCCGAGUACAAUAAGCAGGGAAGGAGAAGUAUGUGCACGGACGUUUCUUGCCCAGGAUGCAGCCGAGCAGCCCCGGCCGCCUGAUUCUUCUGCCAGAUGUUCUCGGGGUUACUGGAAAUGGGAAAGCAAGGCUGAGCUAAACAAGGUUCAUGAUUUAAAAGUGCCUGUGUGAAGUCACCGUUGCCGGGGAAACUGCCACUGGGGAGUGCACGUAGGGUUCCAGUCUUGGUUUUCUGGCCAUCACGUGUUACCCUGACCUUACAAGUGGAUGAAGAUACCUCAAUGGUCUGACUUUGCCAACUGCUUGACUUCGGAAUUUCAAGAGGCCGGAGCGGGGGAAAGCCAGCCUUUGUGCUGAAGUCCAAGUAGUUUCUUUUCUAGCAGCGUUGAAUGCUGUGAGCUCAGCCUUCUCCCAAGGAGUGCCAUGGUGUUAUAGUCACUUUAUUAAAAACGGUUGUGUCAGCAAGACAGUCAAGAGACUCAGGACGUUUACAGCCAGAGAUGACACUGAGCGUGCUUUUAUUGCGGCCCAUAGUCUUCAAGUGGGGCCUAUUGAUUGAUGAGUGAUCGCUGAUAAAUCCCCUCCUUGCUCUUGUGUCCUGGGUUGGACUGCAUUAAGCAAUUUUAUCACGUACCUUCUGACUUUACCUGUGGGCUUUCCCACAGCAGUCCUCUCGGCAUCAUUGGCACUUGGAUUGACUGCAUCGUCUAACAGAGACUCACCGAAUCCAAAGUCUUGGUUACCAUGGCCUUGAACGUCGCCCCAGUGAGAGAUACGAAGUGGCUGACGCUGGAAGUCUGCAGGCAGUUCCAGAGGGGGACGUGCUCCCGCUCUGAUGAGGAAUGCAAAUUUGCUCACCCCCCCAAGAGUUGCCAGGUUGAAAAUGGAAGAGUCAUCGCCUGCUUUGAUUCUCUAAAGGGCCGCUGUUCCAGAGAGAACUGCAAGUACCUUCAUCCUCCAACACACUUAAAAACGCAGCUAGAAAUUAAUGGGAGGAACAACUUGAUCCAGCAAAAAACUGCAGCUGCGAUGCUUGCCCAGCAGAUGCAGUUCAUGUUUCCGGGAACGCCGCUUCAUCCAGUGCCCACUUUUCCUGUAGGUCCCGCAAUAGGGACAAAUACGGCGAUUAGCUUUGCUCCUUACUUAGCACCUGUAACCCCUGGAGUUGGGUUAGUGCCCACGGAAAUUCUACCCACCACACCUGUCAUUGUUCCCGGAAGUCCACCUGUCACUGUCCCGGGCUCAACUGCAACUCAGAAACUUCUCAGGACGGACAAACUGGAGGUCUGCAGGGAGUUCCAGCGAGGCAACUGUGCCCGCGGAGAGACCGACUGCCGCUUUGCACACCCCGCAGACAGCACCAUGAUCGACACAAACGACAACACCGUAACCGUUUGUAUGGAUUACAUAAAGGGGCGUUGCAUGAGGGAGAAAUGCAAAUAUUUUCACCCUCCUGCACACUUGCAGGCCAAAAUCAAAGCUGCGCAGCACCAAGCCAACCAAGCGGCGGUGGCCGCCCAGGCAGCCGCGGCCGCGGCCACUGUCAUGACUCAGUCGACUGCCAAAGCAAUGAAGCGACCUCUCGAAGCAUCUGUAGACCUGGCCUUCCCUCCUGGUGCUCUUCAUCCUUUACCAAAGAGACAAGCCCUGGAAAAGAGCAACGGGGCCAACACGGUCUUCAGCCCCAGCGUCCUGCACUACCAGCAGGCCCUGACCAGCGCCCAGCUGCAGCAGCACGCCGCCUUCAUCCCCACAGGGUCAGUUUUAUGCAUGACACCCGCUACCAGUAUUGUACCCAUGAUGCACAGCGCUACGUCAGCCACUGUCUCUGCAGCAACAACGCCUGCAACAAGUGUCCCCUUCGCAGCAACAGCCACAGCCAAUCAGAUAAUUCUGAAAUAAUCAGCAGAAAUGGAAUGGAAUGCCAAGAAUCUGCAUUGAGAAUAACUAAACAUUGUUACUGUACAUACUAUCCCGUUUCCUCCUCAAUAGAAUUGCCACAAACUGCAUGCUAAAUAAAGAAUUAGUUCUUCUGGACAGACCACAACUCUAAGGAGCUAGUGCUGCUAUAUCAUAUCUGAGUAUUAAAUAUGGUAUGCUUAGUAUAUUCCAACCUAAGAUAGUUAACUACCUGAGACCAGCUGUGAUGUUUAAAGACAUAAAGGAUAAAGUUUACUUUAAAAGGAUUUCUAAACAUAGUUUCUGUCCUAGGAAUAUUGUCUUAUCUCCAUAACUAUAGCUGAUGCAGAAAGUCCAACCAAGUUACUCGUUUCGACUCAGAAUACUUCAAAGUUAGCAAUAAACAAUUAGCAUUAGUUAAAAAAAAAAACACAAAACCAAAAAAAGCCAACUAUUCCAAUGGCAGGUUUGAUUCCAACUCCAAUAUCACUGUCAUUUCAUUUCCCCACUGGAUCCAAGGGUAUGUUUCACUUCUUGAACACAGGAAUGCUGCAGCAAAGAUGAGAAGUGAAGUAAAGCAAGACCUGUCCUGCAGGUCUAAAAUUUGAGUGGAAAAAUUCAAGCACAAGUUCUGGGGACACAUCAGAGUGUGGGAUUUGGUUUGCCUGGAGAUGCCGCAUUGAAUCAUGGGAUGCUAGAGUAACAUUAGAGUAAAAAAAAAAAAAUGAAAAAAAAAAAGAAACUUUGCACGGUAUGAGCUUCAUACCCCACCAAACAAAGUCUUGAAGGUAUUAUUUUACAAGUAUAUUUUUAAAGUUGUUUUAUAAGAGAGACUUUGUAGAAGUGCCUAGAUUUUGCCAGACUUCAUCCAGCUUGAGAAGAAUGAGAGGCCAACUGUCUAAUCAGAGGGAUUAGUCUUUCAAACUCACCACGCAGUUGUCUGUUGCGGAAUAACUCUUCGAAACUAAAAACCUAGUCCAAGAAGAAAGCUGUAGGUGAGGAGAUCUGUAUAAUAUUCUAAUUUAAGUAAGUUUGAGUUUAGUCACUGAAAAUUUGACUGUGACUUUAAUCUAAAUUACUAUGUAAACAAACAGAAAAAAAAGUAGCUAGUUUCACUUUUUAAAAAAUCCAUUACUGUUUUGCAUUUCAAAAGUUGGAUUUAAAGGGUUGUAACUGACUACAGCAUGGAAAAAAAAAUUAGUUCUUUUAAUUCUUUCACCUUAAAGCAUAUUUUAUGUCUCAAAAGUAUAAAAACUUUAAUACAAGUACAUACAUAUUAUAUAUACACAUACAUAUAUAUACUAUAUAUGGAUGAAACAUAUUUUAAUGUUGUUUACUUUUUUAAAUACUUGGUUGAUCUUCAAGGUGAUAGCGAUACAAUUAAAUUUUGUUCAGAAAGUUUGUUUUAAAGUUUAUUUUAAGCACUAUCGUACCAAAUAUUUCAUAUUUCACAUUUUAUAUGUUGCACAUAGCAGAGAUACCAUGCCUACAUAGUUUUUAAAUUAUUGUUUAAAAAAAACAAGACAUCUGUCAUAAAUGAAUAUUAUGUGUAAUUGUUUAAAACAUCCAUUUUCUUUGUGAACAUAUUAGUGACUGAAGUAUUUUGAUUUUUGAGAUUGAAUGUAAAAUAUUUUAAAUUUUGGCUCCAUCACCUGUUCUGACACCUAAAUACUCCAACCAUAUCAUGUUUGUUUUAAGUAAAAGAAGAAGAAAAAAUCUGCCAUUUUAAUCAACGUUGGUCAAAGUCUACUGACUGUUUAUCUUAUAUCGUAGAUUUGGUAACCUUAUCAAAAGAAAAUCACGUUCUGAGUGUAAUCUCACAUAGUGCUUGUAUCGUAUUUGUUUUAAUUGUGGAAAAGUAUUGUAUCUAACUUGUAUUUCUUUGGUAGUUCAUCUUUAUGUAUUAUUGAUAUUUGUACUUGUAAUGUUCUCUAUAACAAUGUAGUUAUGCUACAACUUGCCUAGAACAUUCAGUCUUUGAUUUUUUUUCUUUUGUUCUUUGUUAACUCACUUAAACUCAUUGAAUACAUAGUAUACAUUACUAAAUGGUAAAUUAUGGGAAUCACUGAAAUAUUUUUGUAGACUAAUUGUUGUAACAUUGUCUUUUUUCUUUUGUUUCAUAAUUUUGAUUUUAAAAAUUAGCACACAACUGUUUUCAGCCCUUUAAUAAUAGAGCAUCAAAACAUCACCUGUAAUCCCCAAGCAAAUAUAGAAGACUGUAUUUUUACUAUGAUAUCCAUUUUCCAGAAUUGUGAUAUAAUAUGCAAAGAGUCGUAAAUAUACCAUUUACAAUAAGGAGGAGGCAAGGCAAAUGCAUAGAUGUACAAAUAUAUGUACAACAGAUUUUGCUUUUUAUUUAUUUAUAAUGUAAUUUUAUAGAAUAAUUCUGGGAUUUGAGAGGAUCUAAAACUAUUUUUCUGUAUAAAUAUUAUUUGCCAAAAGUUUGUUUAUAUUCAGAAGUCUGACUAUGAUGAAUAAAUCUUAAAUGCUUUGUUUAAUUAUAAAAACAAAACCACCAAUAUCCAAGACAUGAAGAUAGCAAUUCAACAAAUACUGUAGUUAAGAGACAAGCUCGCCACUUGUACGGGAACUCCAUUUCACUCUUGGUUUGCAGGAUAUAACAGCACUUCACCGAAAUAUUCUUUCAGCCAUAUCACUGGUAACAUUUCUACUAAAUCUUUCUGUAACACUUAAAGAAUUCCCUCAUACAUUACCUUACAGUGUAAACAGGAGUCUAAUUUGUAUCAAUUCUAUGUUUUUGGUUGUAAUAUUCAGUUCACUCACCCAAUGUACAACCAAUGAAAUAAAAGAAGCAUUUAAAAGGA